AUGAGUAUGAUCGACGAGCUAGACGGUGAAGUCAGUGAAGCAGCGCGAAAGAGUUCGCAAGAAAAACGGCCCAAUAUUCGCAUCAAUUCUGAAGAAAUGGAAAGUGAACAUAUUCAGCGAAUAAAGAACAGUAAGCGAGGUCAUUUAUCAACAGUAACAUCGAGAAAGAACGAGAUUACUGAUCUGAUUAGCGACGAUACAAAUUUGAAACUCGUAAAGGAGAAUUUACAAAAUCUAAGUCAGUUGUUUAUUAAAUAUUCAGAAGUUCAUGAAGCAUAUCAAUAUUGUGAAAUCUCUUUUGAAAGCAAGACUACAGAACAGAACCAAUAUGAAACAGAAGAAUUACUGCAUAGCAAUUUUGCGAUUAGAAUUAAUGAAUGGAUUUCUGAAGUAGAUUUUAGAUUUAGUUUUCAGCCUGAAAUAUCACCGCAAGAUUCAGUUAGUCAUGUCGGUAUGAACAGAUCAAACAGAUCUAGUAUUGAACCUUCAUGUUGA